AUGGCAAUUCUACAAAAACAUGGGAAGAACCCCAGUGCGGACCUGGCAAGUAUUAAAGACAGUCCAACAGACCAUUUCGGACCGGUGGGCGCUCAGAAAAAGUGGUCAGAGUCCAGUCAGAGCUGGUCAAGGCCAGUAGCGCGGGUAUGGACGGUGGUGCUGCUACUGGGGACGUGCCUGCUUUACUGCGCCCGCGUGGCCAUGCCUAUCUGCGCGGUAAGCAUGGCAGAGCGCUUCGGCUGGUCGAAGAGGGAGUCGGGUAUGGUGCUGGGCAGCUUCUUCUGGGGCUACUGCUUCACUCAGGUCCUUGGAGGCUACGUCAGUGACAGGGUUGGAGGAGAAAAAGUGAUGUUGCUGUCAGCCGCAGCAUGGGGAGCAAUGACCGCGUUCACGCCAAUCCUGGCUCAUUUCGGCUCUCAGCCUAUCGUCUCCAUGACCAUCUCCCGUUUUCUCAUGGGCCUCCUUCAGGGUGUGCAUUACCCAUCUCUGGCCAGCCUGUGCUCUCAGAAGGUGGUGGAAAGUGAGCGGGGCUUCCUUAUGAGCACUGUAGGGAGUGGCUCAUAUCUGGGGACGCUGGUGAUAGGAGGAGUGGGUUCGCUCAUGUUGGACAUGUAUGGUUGGGAGAGUGUGUUCUACGUCUCUGGUCUCCUGUCUGUGCUGUGGGCCUACUGCAUGUGGAAGUACCUGCUCAAGGGAGAAGGGCCCAUCAUCACUCUGGAGUCUCUGGGCAGCGCUGGAACCCAGUCCAAAAUGUCCCGCAGAAACUGGCUGCGCCUCCUUAGACAACCAGCUGUGUGUGCGGUCAUUAUUACACACCUGUGCACUGCAAGCACCUUCUUCACCCUGUUGUCAUGGCUACCAACAUUCUUCAAGGACACCUUCCCUGAUUCCAAGGGUUGGGUGUUUAACGUGAUCCCGUGGUUUGUGGCUAUUCCCUCCUCACUGUUCAGCGGUUGCCUGUCCGAUCAUCUCAUCAGUCAGGGUUUCGAUACUGCUGUAGUGAGGAAACUAAUGCAGUUCUUUUCUAUGGGUGUAUCCAGUGUGUUUACUCUGUUUCUGUGUGGAACCACCACUUUCUCGAUGGCUGUUGCCUUCGUCUCUGCUACUAUGGGCCUCACCACCUUUAGCCAUAGUGGGGUAUCGGUGAAUGUCCAGGAUCUUGCGCCAUCGUGUGCGGGGGCCCUGUUUGGUGUGAUGAACACCUGUGGUGCAUUUACAGGAGUGAUUAUGGUGUAUUUCUCGGGCUACCUGAUCGAGGCCACUGGUUCAUGGGCGUCCGUUUUUGCCCUCAUCACUGUGGUGAACCUGCUGGGGUUGGGAACGUUCCUGACUUUCGCAGAGGCGCGCAGGGUGGACAUCGACGUCACAAAGGGGCGCUAUCACAACAUCCACAUCUGAGCUUCGAGUGAAGUACAAUAAACAUUUACUGAUGAGCCUUUUCCACAGAUGAGAACACUAUGGACUUUUGGUAAUGUCUGUGGAAGUGAGAGAAACACGUACGCCUGUACUUCCAUUUUGUUGUCAAGGUGACUGUGUCCACCGGGGUCUGGCAACAUUGGCCUCAGAGAUUGCCACUGGGUUCAGAACCCAUCAGUAUUAACUCUUCAUGUUCUACCACCACAUUGAGUGGUUUGCAGUUGAAAUAGGACCAGUUAGAGAACGUGUUAAGAUUGUUGGCUGUGGCCAUACAUUAGUCCAGCAGUGGGCAAAAUCUUUAGCUAUGUAACGUCUGUACUUCAUGUAAGGAUGCCUGGUCUGAAUGCAAUGAUUUCCUUCAUUACAUUCACAGUUUGUUGUUGAACAUGGUCAUCAUCUUCAUUAUCGUCAUCAUAACUGUCUAAGCCAGUGGUCUCCUUAGCCUUAUCCUGGAGGUAUCCUGAGGUCUCCUAAGCCUUAUCCUGAGGAGGGGGGGGGGGUCUACGUUCCUGCAUGGUCUAGUUCUAACCAUCGUCUGUGCCACCUGCUCCAGGUAAUUCACAUCCUCAGAAGUCCUUGCUUGACUGGAUCAGGUACACGAGUGUUAGGCAAGGGGGGCUGACAUGUUAGGUGCAGAUUGGAACUAAAAUCUGCAGGAAAGUAGAUCUCCAGGAGGAGAGUUGGUGACCAUUGGUUUAAGCAGUUCCAUCAUGUUUUGCUCUACUUGUUCCUACCAUUUAUAGAGGUCUGGCAACAUUGGCCUCAGAGAUUGCCACUGGGUUCAGAACCCUGAUAUUACAAUGCUACAGCCAACAACCCUGAUAUUACAAUGCUGUUUGGAGAGGAAUCAGUUUGAGGUCCUACUGUUGUCCUUCUAGGAUAGCGAGGGAUGCACCAGUGAUUGAGCUAUGAAGAUCUCUUAAAGUUACUGUUAAAGUUCAUUCUAAAUUCACUUCUGUGUUACUCUGGUAAAGUUACUGUUGAUGGAGAGAGUUAAGUCUCAGCACUGGGACUUAGUUUAGUAGUGUGAGAACUGUAAAUAUCCUGUAUGUCAGUGAUGAGCUUUAUAAUGAGCCACCUGUUAAGACCAAAUAUAUUUUGAAUGUAUUCCGGCCUGACGUAUUUAUUACUUAGGUGAUUAGCGACUGGACUUAUUUAUAAUAAUAAUCAGUGGAAGAAAAUGGACCAAAGGGAUCACGUUUAGCCAAGAACUGUCAAAUGAACAGUUUCUCCGAGAUCUCUGAUAAUCACUUUAUUUAUAUGCUACAUGAUGCCAGAAGUGAGACAUCUCAGCAACAUUUUUGGUUCUUUUAUGGCUUAGCUUGUAGGGAAGAAAAGGAGCAUUCCUGUGGACAGAGAGGUCAGUGACUCAUUUCAUUAGUAGGGCUGUAGUCCUGAAAAGCAUUAUUCUUGUUGUGUUACAACCCAUGGCGCAAAUUUCACUGCUUAGUGCCAGUGCAGGUUUUAGACAAGGCAGGAAAUAAGAAAUAACUUGAAUUCUGCUUUAAAUACUGUGCAUUGCGAUGGACAUCAUUAAUAUUGUUAUACUUAUUUAAUGUAAACGUGCAUUGUUCACAGAGACCUUUAAAUGCAGUCUUUUAGUUUUAUAUAUAGAUUAGACAUGAUUGUGUGUUAUAUCCAUCCAUCCAUCCAUUUUCUAAGCCGCUUCUCCGACAGGGUCGUGGGGGGAUGCUGGAGCCUAUCCCAGCAGUCUUCGGGCGUGUGUUAUAUAGAGAUAUUAUAUGCCAGAUUAGUUAAUAAUAAUGUCAAUAAUAGUUUUUACAUUGGCGAAGUAUUUUCACUUACAAGUGCUCAAAUGUUUUGAGAAGCGACUGGCACAGGCCCUAGAUAUUUCUCUUUUCUCAGCUUCAGGCUCACACAGGAGGACCGUCUUUCUCACAGCCUAUCCAUCUGCCUUAGCUAGUGUAGUACUGCAAACAUUUAUGUGAAUUCAUGUUACCCUGCUGUUACUUCCAACUACUCCGUUACAGUGACAGUAGUUUUGGAAUUACUCAUUACCAAAUCAUAAUUAGUGGUAUGUCUGAAUUUGAUUAACUGUUUAUGGUGAUUGUGAGGAUUGUUUGGGGUUUGGAGAUUUGGGUGGAAGGUUCUGUCCCUGCAGCAGUGAGUAAUUACAAUAUUCAUUUCACUGUAGAAGUGAUCACGUGAAUGAUCUCUUAAUUCACAGAUAAUGCAAAGUAAAUAUGAAUCAGCAUAGCUUUAACCCGUUACACCAUCCUGAUUAUACCAGUACAAUUUUCUGAAGUCUUGGGAAAACUGUACUGAUUGUAUUCUUGUUUUUGAAAAGAAAACCAUGUUUAAUUUGUCUCAAAAAGAAUGGAAUGGUGAAUGCAGUUUUCUCUUGCUGUAGAACCAGAUAUUUGUAAACAUAUUUUGUUGAAGAAUAAAAACUAUAUUUUAUCAAGCCUAAGAA